AUGUUUCACUCGGUGCUUCCGAUCCAUUUGCUGCUCCUCUUUGGGCUGGCGAUGCCGUGCAGCGGAGCGGAGGUGGGGAGCACGCGGAAGCUGCUCACUAUGGGGCUUGUUGCCGACACCCACUACGACACCUUUCCGGCGGGUGAGAAGGCGCCGUGGGAGACGAUGCAGCAUUGGCUGCGUGAGCAGCGCAAGCGGACGACGACGACGACCCUGCGCCGCUACGAUGUUGCGAAGGACAAGCUCGACGAGGCCAUUGCGCUCUUUAAUCGUGUUCCAGACAUGAAUGUGGUUGUGAAUCUGGGGGACCUUGUCAACAACGACUUGAUGUGGAACUUGCGGCCCAUUUUGGACAGUUUUAACCGGGCUAAGGCACCACACUACAGUGUUUUAGGCAACCACGACCUUCGUGCCCACAAUGACCGCUUUGGAAAACUCAAUAAGACACAGAACGAGUGGCUUAUGAGGAAAAUGGGCCUGCGUCGCUGGCAUUACGCAAUUGACCACCCACCAUUUCGUUUUAUUUUUAUAGAUUCCAUGGCAAACGAUCCUGAAAAUAACAACAUGACCACAAAAGAGGCACACACAAAGUGGCUGGAGGAAGAACUCCGGGCAGUCAAGGUUGCUGGUCGCGUGGCAAUUUUGUUCGCUCAUGUUCCCAUUGGAUUUGAAACAAAUCGACUAGGUCCGCUCUUGGAAGCGUACGAGCAGAUGCCAUUGGUGUUUUCUGGGCACAACCACAAGGGGGACUACACGGUCCAGGGGGCGCACCGCGUGCACUGUGUCACGCUGGAGGGACAAAUUGAAACCCUGACCAAUGCGUUUGCAGUGGUGGAAGUUUUUGAAGAUCGUGCGGAGUUGACAGGGUUUGGCCGUGUUCCGUCACGCAUUUUGCGCUUUCAACCUCACGUGGUGAAGCUGCUUCAGGAGUACCAUGGGCCGCUGCGGCAUAAUUUGUCGGCGCAGGGAUGUCAACCCCCUCCGUCCGAUGAGCUCUGGGCGGGCGAGGUGCUGCAGCAGCCACCGACGCUGCAACUGAACAUCCCACAUUACAGGAAGCCGGCGCUUCCGCCAGCGUUGGUGCAAUCCUCUCCGAGAACUCGUUUCUACGAUUUGCUGAGGACUCUGACCACAAAAACGACGCAUAGCAUUCGUGGCCCGGAGGAACCCGUAGAUCUUACUUCCGCCACAGAGCGGCGCACACUACUUAUCAAUGGCACACACGUCAUUAGAGAGACUUCUGUAGCCGUCCUCCAAACUUCUGCUUCUGGCGCGAAUUCUGUGAUUCGUGGCAAAGACGGGCUCCAGGCAACAAAACGAGCUCACCCAGAGAGUGUGCAGGCGGACACUCCAUGGGAGAAGGAAUGGAUUCUUUUCUCUGUUGUAUGGUUCUUUUUGCUGGCGUUUGCCCUUGUGCUGUUGUGGAGAGUCAAGCGGAAGCGCCACACAGGGCGCAGAACGUGA